AUGGCGAGCAACGUCCCCAUUUCUGGCGGCAAGUCGUCUGAGUUCACGGCACCCACGCCCCAAAAUACACCUCUGAACAAUGCGCCACUCACCAGAGAGGCCCUCUCGCGCCCGACAGUGGGCACCAUUGGCGAGGAGGGCGAAGAGACCGCUGCUCAGGACUCCGCCGCCGCGGCGCUGCAGGCGAACCCCGCCCUGGCCGGCCUGAUUCAGAACAAGCUCUCUGGCCUCGUCGGCCGCUCGUCGGGCUACAUUGAGUCGCUGCCACCCCACAUCAAGCGCCGCGUCGAGGGUCUCAAGGGCGUUCAUGUUGACCACACAAAGAUCGAGGCCGAGUUCCAAAAGGAGAUUCUCGAGCUCGAGAAAAAGUACGCAGAGAGGUAUCGUCCCCUCUACCAACGCAGGGCCGCCAUCGUUCAAGGCCAGGCCGAGCCUAGCGAGGAGGAGGUCAAGGCUGGGGAGGCGAGCGCCAAGGAUGACGACGAUGACGACGACGAAGAGGCUGACGGCGAGGAGAAGCAGUCGCUCGCUUCGGCCCCCGUCCCCGCCGACGCCGAGAAGGGCAUUCCCGAGUUUUGGCUCACUGCUCUCAAGAACCACGUCGCGCUCUCAGAGCUCAUCACGGAACGAGAUGAGGAAGCGCUGCGCGCACUCAUUGACAUUCGAAUGUCGUACCUCCCGGGCAGCCAGGCUGGUUUUAAGCUCGAAUUCGAGUUCGACUCGGCGCGCAACACCUUCUUCAAGAACAAGAUUCUCACAAAGACAUACUUUUACCAGGACGAGGUGGGAUUCUCUGGCGACCUUGUGUACGACCACGCAGAGGGCGACAAGAUUGAAUGGCUCGAGGACAAGGAUCUGACGCACCGGAUCGAGACAAAGAAGCAGAGGAACAAGAACACGAACCAGACGAGGACUGUCAAGCGAUCAGUGCCCGUCGAAUCAUUCUUCAACUUUUUCACGCCCCCAAAGCCCCCCAAGGCCGGUGCCGACGACGAGGAGGAGGAGGAGGCCGACUUCGAGGAGCUCGAUGAGCGCCUCGAGCUCGACUACCAAAUUGGUGAGGACCUCAAGGACCGCAUCAUUCCUCACUCGAUUCUCUACUUUACGGGCGAGGCGACGGCCUAUGAAAUGGACGAUGACGACUUUGAAGAUGAAUUCGACGAGGACGACGAGGAUGAAGACGACGAGGACGAGGAUGGGCAACAGCGCCCGGCGAACAUGGCCGUCAGCGCUGGCAGCCAGGCCGACCAGCAAGAGUGCAAGCAGCAAUGA